AUGGCAGACAUAAUUGGCACCAUCGUCACUCUUGUGGAAACGGUUCAGUCAGCCGUCACUCUCUACCAGCGCAUCGACGGCCUACCCACACAAAUGACGCAACUCGGUAAACGAAUCGAGCGCCUGAGCCCAUUUCUGAGUCGGCUGGAAACUUUCAUAAAAAAAAGACCAGCAGCUGCCUCCUCAAGCCUGUAUCCUGGCCAGAAACAAGAUCUCAGACAAUUGCUGGAUGCUAUUAACGGCCACAUCAAGAAGGCAACCGACCUGCUUGAGCGAUACGAGAAAGGCAUUCUCUCGCGGUCUCAUGAUCUUGAAUUUCGAGCGCGAUGGGUUUCACAAAUAUGGUUUUCCCUAGUAGAAAACAGCCCAGAGAAAGUCCAGGCAAUCCUGGAUGAUAUCGAAUACGACAGGGGCGUUCUUUCAGACUACCUCGCCCUAAUGGCUGUGGACAAACAACCCGAUAUCCCGAGUCCCAACCUAAUCACAAGUCCAGCCCCUAAAAAAAUUAUCAUCAACAGCCCUGCGAACAAGCACAUCGCUAAUUCCCCAAAGAAGAACAACUUAUCACCAUCGUCAGCACCAGCCAAACGACCAUCACCAUCACCAUCGCCGAUACCACGACAAGAUUUAAAGGUCCUCUUUGUCGACCCUUAUCAUGCUGAGCGAACAGCGAUCGCCGAGUCUCUCCUUGCCCUCUUUCAGGAGCUGACUCUACUGUACAGGUCGAACACACCCUGGCGCAUAUCAACCGUCUCGUCCGCUGGAUUCUUUGUCAAAAAUUCUUCUGAUUUGGUGCCAGUCAUCUCAUCUCUCAACUACAGCUACCCAUCAUGGAAGAAGGAUUUCAAGCCCGGCGGCCCGGGCGAUGUUCCAAAACCCGAAGCCUUGAAGGCCAUCUUUGACAACAACUGGGCAAACUACCCCUUUAAAAACGCGAUCAAGUCGCAAAUAUCAACUCGCCCCAGUGUAGGCUUGACAAAAGACGUAUUUAAGAAGUACGACUACAUCAUUGUCUUCACCAAGCGGGAUCACGACAACAUGAUCAAGCUCAAGGAAGCGGUAGCUGCAAUGGCAAAAGAGAGGCAAAGGGCACGGGUGUUACAUCUGGGAGUGUACUUGGGCGGGGAGAUUGUUUAUCCAACAUUGGCAAAAGGAACGGGGGAAGUUAUUGAGCAGACAAACCGGCAUGAAUGGAACAAAAAGGUGGCUCAGAUCAAGACGGCGUUGAAGGAGUUCAUGAGGCAGGAGAUGCGGUGGCAAAUGCCAGAGCUACCUGGUCCAGAAAAGAACGAUGGGAAGCAAAUCAAGGAUACCGGGGAGAAGAAUGCAAAUGGAGUCAAGGACAAGAAGACAGAAAGCGACAGCGCGGCGGCGGUGGUGGAGCAGCGUGUGUGUGGGAAGGUCAUUGUCUUGGUGACGAAUGCGACUCUGAGCUUGACUGUGACGGGGAUCUGUACUGUCGCUCAGGAAGAUGUGCGAAUCCCCCUACCCAGAGCUCCUCUCGUGGCGGUGGACAAGGCUCAAUCAUCCGCACAACAACCAUAUACGUUUAUCCAACCCCUACCGUCGUUGCAAUCCUCUUUCCGGUGGCAUAAGCACGUCCACGCGCAGAGCCACGGUCACAUACCCGCCGGUUAUCACGCGUAUCACCAGUACUCGCCGUGUCACGGUCACACUGCCCCCGGUUAUUACCCGCACGAGCACAAGUACACGUCGGGUUACAGUUCCUCCCAUCGUGACGCCUGUAACUCGCAGCAGAAGCACAGCAGUACCGCCUCGUCCAACGCCAACAAGCAGACCAGGGCCAAAUUGUGGAGACAACCCACUCUCUUGUAUCGGCUUGAGCUGCCAGGAGGAUUCAGACUGUGGAUUCGAUUUGAUCAUCUGCAAGAAUGGCUUUUGUGAUUUGUAACCAGCGUUUCAGCUGACGACCAGAGAUGGCGAACAAACUUGCGCCUGUGUGGUGGUACCGAAAUGAACCAAGUGUUCUAAAAGGGCAUCUGUGUCUCUUCCAUGCGUACCCAAUGACUAGGUGAGGAUCUCUGUGUUAUGUCCAUUUAAGGUAGCUUUGGAGAAUGUAAAACGGUCGAAGCUUUUGCCUGCUAGUAGGAGAGAUGUCAUUUUCUCUUUGUAUCCCGC